CCACUACGAUAGGAACUCCAUUCGUGCUCGCACGCGCUAAACCUAUCCAAAGGUCGCUAUACUAGGCAAAGGCCAGUGGAUAGGUUUUUAGGGUUUAUGGUUUUAAGGAUGUUCGUCCUGUCCAAGCUGCGGGACACGCUGCGAAUCCCGCCCGCCAAUCUCGUGCUGCCGCUGCUCGACGCCAUCACGCUCGAGAUCCACAGAUUGUUCCUGGACAAGGUCGUCAAGGAUCUGGGGCUGUGCGUGUCGCUGUACGAUAUCCAAUCGAUCGAAGGGGGAUUUGUUUUCCCUGGCGAUGGAGCUCCGACUUACACUGUGGAGUUUCAGCUGGUCAUGUUUCGUCCAUUUCCAGGAGAGAUUUUGGUCGCGAAGCUCAAGAAAUGCGACAAGAAUGGGCUGGUUUUGUCGAUGGGUUUUUUCGAAGACAUAAUCGUGCCUCACCAUCAACUCCAGCAGCCCUCUAAAUUUGACGAGAACGAGAAACUAUGGGUGUGGAACUACCAAGAAAACGAGAUGUUCAUGGACCUUGAAGAAGAGGUCCGGUUUAGAGUUUUAAAAGUAAGAUAUCCCCCAAUUCCUCUGGAGCAAGAAAGAGACGCUCAACCUUUCGCUCCAAUGGAAGUCAUCAUCAUUCCAGGGAGAUAUAAACUCCGACGGACUCGGGCUCGUCUCAUGGUGGUGAUAGCUAGCGAUGAAAAAAACAACAAAAGAUACACACACAGAAGAAGCAAACUUUCCACUCGAGACAGGAAAGCAUGAGAGAUUUUUUGGUUCCAAGUUUUUCACCCGGCUCAGCGAUGAUUUUUGCAGCGAUCCUUCAACGCAAAGCGUGAAAGAUGAAUUUUUGUUUUUACCUCGCGACGAUCCAAAUAAGCACGAAGAAGAAGAAGAAGAAAAACCCAGAGCUCACAAGCUUUGCAUUGUCUCUUUUUCUUCUUUAUAACUUAAAGCGCUCACUUGUGACACACAAAUAGAGGCAAAGUUUAUCCA